UAUAUUGUUUUGAAGAGCCAAGGUGAAAUUGCAUAUAAUGAACAUUAUCAUGCAUUAUUGCGUAUCAUAAAUUGUGUUUUUUUAUACGUAUUUAUAGUGCGGCGAGUGACAGUAACUUCUAUAAACUUAAAAAUGACUUCGAUUGACAAGAUCGUAACAAUUCCAGAGUUCUAUCGCGGAAAAAACGUUUUCGUGACUGGAGGUUCCGGGUUCAUAGGAAAGGUGCUGAUAGAGAAGCUGCUCAGAAGUUGUCCCGACAUUGGGAAUAUCUACAUCUUACUUCGCACCAAGAAAAACGUAUCACCCAAAACUCGCAUAUUGACAUUAACAAAUACAAUCUUGUUCGAUUCUGUGAAGGUGUUACAUCCGGAAAACAUAGAUAAACUGAAGUACGUUGAAGGCGAUAUACGUAGCAUCAAUCUCGGAAUAUCUCAGGAUGAUCUUGAAAUGCUUCGCAGCAAAAUUGAUAUUAUCAUACACGUCGCGGCCACCAUAACUUUCACCGCAGAUUUGACUGAUGCUGCAUUAAUAAAUAUCAGAGGAACGCGUGACAUCUGUCUUCUGGCAAUGUCAAUGGAAAGAAUACCAAUCUUAAUGCACGUCUCCACAUGCUACUGUCAUCACGAUAAUCAUUGUAUUGAGGAGAAAAUGUACGCACCUUACGGCGAUUGGAGGAAAAUAAUCGAAAUUGCAGAAACUAUGGACAGACACACCCUGAACGUAAUCACUUGCAAAAUGAAGGGCAUCAAACAUAGUACCUAUACAUUUACGAAAGCUUUGGCCGAGCAAACCGUACAAGAUCUGUGUGUCGGAACGAUUCCAACUAUUAUUUUAAGACCUGCAAUAGUUACUGGUAUAUACGAAGAUCACAUUCCCGGUUAUUGCGAGGGCUACUCUGGUCAAAUCGGCUACUUAAUCGGAAUUUUAUCAGGAAUCAUGAAAUGUGCAAAUGUACCUGCUGGUAGUAACAGGGAAACGGUACCGGUUGAUUUAAUCUCAAAGGGCAUUAUAAAUUCAAUUUGGAUGAAAGGAACUGGGCAAUCCGAUGAAGAAGUCAGCAUUUACAAUGGGACAGGAUGUAAUUUGAUAGAAUUCAAUUUACAUGAAGUGAACAAGGCAUUCUUUAACGUCUUUAAGAAAACCAGGACAGAAUUGAAUUGGUAUCCAAAAUGUACGAUUUUCGAUUCUUACAUCUUCUACUAUAUGUACUUCUCGAUUUUUCAACUUAUCCCCUCUAUAAUUGGUGAUUGUUUCAUUUAUCUAAAGAAAAAGAAACCACACUUGGUGCAAUUGCAAAGAACAUUAUUCGGUUUCACCAAUUUACUCGAUUACUUUGUGAAAAAUUCAUGGGUUAUACGAAACGCAAACUUCCUAAAUUCAAUCGUCGAUGCUCCAAUCCACAAUGAUGAUUUCAUCGUCAAAACACCAAAUAUCAACGUAAACAUUGAAGAAAAAUUAUUAUUGGACCACGUGCAUUACAUUUUGGUCCAUUAUUUGAAUAAAAAAUUAACGGAUAAACCUACAAACCUGAUUAAACUCUGGAUUUUGUGGGUCGUGUGGUGCAUGCUCGAAUUGUCAGUUUUAGUGUUUGGAGUAUAUUUAGUGUACAGCAUUUUUAAUUAAUAUUAACAUUUAUAAUGAUGAUAUUCUAUGUAAUAUCAUAAAUAAUUUAGUUAUUUGAUUGUUUAGAUAAUUGUUAAAUUGUAAACAAAUGGUUAUGGGCAGAAGUCUUUCACUCAUUUAUAAAAUAAUUUCAUUAUACAAUAAAAAGUAUCAAAUAAAUAUGGAAAUAUUUUCUGAUCAAAAGAAUUUUUCAAUGUCGGUAGUUGGAUCAAUUUUUAAAUUACCGCCGACUUCAUUCAUUACAUCCCUCGCUCUUUGACG